AUGGCAUGGACAAACAGUAGUGAUGUCACUGAGUUUAUUUUGCUGGGGUUUUCUGAUCUUCUUCAGCUGCAGCUUCUGCUUUUUCUGGUAUUUGCGAUUAUGUAUAUUGUGACCUUAUUGGGAAAUAUCACCAUCAUUUUGCUCACAACAAUUGAUCCAGCCCUUCAAAACCCCAUGUAUUUCUUUCUCAGGAAUUUGUCUUUCUUGGAGAUCUGCUUCACUCUAGUUAUAGUCCCUCAAAUGUUAGUGAACCUCCUUUCAGAGAACAAAACCAUUUCCUUCCCUGGGUGUGUCAUGCAAAUGUAUUUCUUUUUCUUUUUUGGAAGUUCUGAGUGUUUUCUCCUGGCUUCCAUGGCUUAUGACCGCUAUAUAGCCAUAUGCAGCCCUUUGCACUAUACAGUAAUUAUGAAAAAGAGGUUUUGUAUCCAUCUGGCCCUGUUCUCCUGGUGUUCAGGAAUUCCAGUGGGGACAGUUCAGACAACAUGGCUAUUUAGUUUCCCAUUCUGUGGUCCUAAUAAGGUCAAUCACUUUUUUUGUGACGGUCCACCAGUGUUAAAACUAGUCUGUGCAGACACUUAUCUGUUUGAACUGUAUGCUCUCACAGGGACUAUUGUAAUUGUACUAUCCCCAUUUAUCCUAAUAUUGGUCUCCUAUGUUCAUAUAAUCACUACGAUCUUACGAAUGCCAUCAGCCGAAGGCAAACACAAAGCCUUUUCCACUUGCUCUUCACAUCUUGUUGUGGUGACUUUGUUCUACGGCACAGCUGGGUUAACUUAUUUCCGACCCAAAUCCAGUUAUUCUCCAAACACCCAAAAGCUGUUGUCCUUAUCGUACACAGUUGUCACUCCCAUGCUGAAUCCCAUCAUCUACAGUUUGAGAAACAAGGAAGUGAAAGAAGCCAUGAAGAGACUUUUGAGUAGAAAAGCACUGCAAUUGCAUCUGUAA